ACAAUCACCACCCGCUUUGCGUGUACUCCACCACCUGCUUGUUUCCUAAUCCCUUUUUAUAUGAAAUGAAAUGACAUAUUGUCUCUUGGUUCCUUCUGAACAUUCUUCGUCUUCUUCUUCUUCUUCUCUCUCACUCUACUCUCUGCAGACAUUUCUCCACCAUGGAGUUCGGAAGUGUAGUUCAGCUCCUUGAAAACAAGGCCAUUUUAGUCACUGGUGCCACUGGCUUUCUGGCAAAGAUUUUUGUGGAGAAAGUACUAAGGGUACAACCAAACGUGAAGAAGCUCUACCUUCUUCUAAGAGCAGCGGAUGCCAAGUCAGCCACACAACGUUUGCAUAAUGAGAUCAUAGAGAAGGACUUGUUUCGAAUUCUGAAGGAAAAAUGGGGUACGAAUCUAUCUUCUUUUAUCUCUGAGAAAGUAGCUGUGGUGCCUGGAGACAUCUCUCUAGAGGAAUUGGGCUUGAAGGACUCCAGUUUGAGGGAAGAGCUGUGGAACCAAAUUGAUGUCAUUGUCAAUUUAGCUGCAACUACAAAUUUUGAUGAAAGAUAUGAUGUUGCAUUGGGAGUCAAUACAUUAGGAGCUAAGCAUGUUUUAAGCUUUGCAAAAAAAUGUGUUAGAAUACAGGUGAUUCUCCAUGUAUCAACAGCCUAUGUAUGUGGCGAAAGGGGUGGGCUAAUACUAGAGGACCCUUAUCGCAUGGGAGAAACACUUAAUGGGACCCCUGGAUUAGACGUCGAAGCAGAGAAAAAGCUGGUGGAGGAAAAACUGAACGACUUUCGAGCGAAGGGAGCUACUGAAAAGGAAAUUACAAUGGCCAUGAAGAACAUGGGUAUUGAAAGGGCAAAGGUUUACGGAUGGCCAAACACGUACGUCUUUACAAAAGCAAUGGGCGAGAUGCUGAUAGGGCACCUCCAAGAAAAUCUAUCUGUGGUAAUCGUACGGCCCACCAUCGUAACCAGUACUUACAAAGAACCCUUCCCUGGCUGGAUUGAAGGUGUCAGAACUAUUGACAGUCUAGCCGUUGGUUAUGGUAAAGGAAGACUAAAAUGCUUCCUGGGCGAUCUUAACGGAAUCCUUGAUACGAUACCGGCUGACAUGGUGGUAAAUGCUAUAAUCGUGGCGAUGGUGGCUCAUGCAAAUCAACCUCGUGAUAUAAUUUAUCAAGUGGGGUCUUCAGUAAGAAAUCCUCUGAGAAACAGCGAUCUUCAAGAUUUCAGCUUCCGUUACUUCUCCCAGAAGCCCUGGAUAAAUAAGGAUGGCAAACCUGUCAAGGUUGGCAAGAUGUUAGUGUUAAGCAGCAUGGAUAGCUUCCGCAGAUACAUGGCAUUUCGUUAUUUGUUCCUAUUAAAGGGACUAGAAUUGGUGAAUGCAGCAUUUUGUCGGUAUUUUCAAGGGACAUAUCUUGAUCUCAGUCGAAAGAUCAACUUUGCUAUGCGAUUGGUGGAACUUUAUGAGCCUUAUUUGUUCUUCCAGGGCGUCUUUGAUGACAUGAACUCGGAAAAGCUGCGAAUGGCAAUAAGAGAGAGUUAUGCAGAUGCAGACAUGUUUUACUUCGAUCCCAAGUGCGUGGAUUGGGAAGACUACGUGGUGAAUGCCCAUCUUCCUGGUGUGGUGAAGUACGUUUUCAAGUAAUAACCCACAAGUACUGCAAUAUUCUAGCUUGCUAUAAGUACGAUGUUUCCAGAACUUGUAAUUCAGAUUUUAAAACGUUUGUGUUCCAAGAGCAAUGUAUCUUGUAACAUUAGCUCAAGGCCAUGCAAUAUAUUAUUGCUGCAGAUAAGUUUAAGAACUUUAAUUUGUCAAGUGUAUCAAUUAUGAUAAUAUUCUAAUAUUUUUAUCAAGAAUGUGAUAAAAAUAGCUUUAAUUCUCAUCUUUUGAGAGUAUUUUAUUUGGUAA